AUGGCGUUUCAAUCCUUGUUCUUUGCCUUUUUGGUGUUGAUAUUCGUCCAAUUUACAUCUAGCUUCACUGGCAGCGAAUACUACCUGGACGCAGAAUACUCCGGCCGCAAUUUCUUUGACGGUUGGGAUUUCUUCACCGGUGAUGAUCCAACCCAUGGCUUUGUCACAUAUUUUGGCCGUGCUUCAGCGCAAGUCAGCAGCCUGAUUCACGCUGCUGAAGGCCAACCUGCGUAUAUUGGCUCGGACUAUGAGACGUCCAUACCGCUUUCAGGGGCUCCUGGACGUCCCAGCGUCAGGAUUUCCACCAAGAAGACGUGGACACAUGGCCUGUUCGUUGGCGAUUUCAAGCAUGCACCGGGCGGGGUUUGUGGGAGUUGGCCUGCAUUUUGGACCUUGGGCCCGAAUUGGCCAUUUCAUGGCGAGGUCGAUAUUAUGGAAGGCGUCAACUUGAAUAGCUACAACGGCAUGGUUCUGCAUACGAGCCCUAACUGCACCAUCUCGCAAGACGACUACCUGAUGACAGGUCAGGUCCAUACUACGGAUUGUGCUUACUAUCCAGGUAACAAUAUUGGCUGCGGAAUCGGUGAUGAUCGUCCUCUGGCUUUUGGCUCUGGGUUUAAUGCCAAUGAUGGAGGGGUCUAUGUCAUGCAAUGGACUUCCGAAUAUAUCAAAAUCUGGAUGUUUCCACGUGGACAGAUCCCGGAAGACAUUGUUAGCGGUCACCCUAACCCAUCAACUUGGGGCACUCCCCAGGCACAUAUGCAGGGAUCGUGUGUCAUGGAUGAUCGCUUCCAAUCUCACAAAAUCAUCCUCAACAAUGCUUUCUGUGGGGAUUAUGCGGGCAAUCCAUACGUAUGGGAUUCGGAUUGGAAUUCGUGCGCAAAGAGCACCGGCUUUUCUACAUGCGAGGCACAUGUUGCUUCAAAUCCAGCUGCCUUCAAACAAUCAUUCUGGGAAAUCAACUAUGUCCGCGUUUAUCAGCUCAAGGACCCAGACGCGAUUGUCAGACCCUCAAUUCCUUACAUUGCCAGCAUUGAGCCACCACAGCCAACGCUGGGUUCAAACCUACUGCCUCCUCCCUCCCCUACAGCUACUCUAUGCCCGGCCUAUAAUUUCACGGUCAUCAAGUCUGGCAAGGCGAACUACGAGAUUGAGUGCGGUGUCGAUCUUGAGGGCCCGGAUAUUGGACCACCAAAUCCAAACUGGACUGUCACCUCUCUCGAAGAUUGCAUUGUAGGUUGCAACUACUGGAACGAUGAGAUCGAGCCGAAUCUUUGUGGGGGUGUGACAUAUGAUAUGGUCACCGGAGCAUGUUCCUGGAAAUCGAAUGUACGAGGCACUCGGGUCAAACCAGAAAUGAAUGCGGCGAGACUGUUAUAUUACGCUUAUCCUGCGGUUACGGAUGAUACACUGCAUCAAACUAUUGUCGAAGAGCCUCCGUAUGUUCCGAUCUCUGUCACACCCCAAACGUACAGGCCCUUUGGAACAUCGACGUCGACUUCGAGCUUUCUUGUUUCCGAGACAUCAUCCUUUCAUUUACCACCAGUAGAUCGGAGAGUACGUCCGUGGGUUCCCAAACCAGUCUGUUGUCCUCCUCACAUUUGUCGUCACAUGGCUCAGCAACAAUCACUUCCACAUCCUCCCAUCCCAGCAUGA